AAUUAUUUGAUUUUCAUCACUUUGCUGAUGAUUCCAAUUUAUUCUAUGAAAACGAAGAUCUAUUAGAUCUGGAAUCGAAUAUUAAUCAAGAGUUGGUCAAUAUCAAUGUCUGGCUGUGUGCUAACAAGUUGUCCUUUAACAUCGAAAAAUCAAAUUUUGUUAUUUUUCAUCCUCAUCAAAAGAAAAUUGAAAUAGAUGCAUGUAAGUCUUAGUAUUAAUGGCAGAUAUCUCAAAAAAGUUGAUUAUAUAAAAUAUCUAGGAGUUUUUAUUGAUUCCCACCUAUCCUGGAAAUAUCAGGUGGAUCAUAUUGCAAAAAAGAUGAAAAGAGGAAUUGGCAUUCUUUCUAAACUUAGACAUUUUCUAAAUAUUAAGAUUUUAGUUAAUCUGUAUUAAGCAAUAACAUACCCAUUUUUGAUCUAUGCAUUGAUAAUUUGGGGUAACACAUAUUCAACCACACUUAAACUGCUUAUUAUACUUCAAAAGAAAGCCAUGCGUGUUAUCACCUUUUCUCGCUUUGAUGAACACUCAAGUCCUCUUUUUAAGCGCCUCCAAAUCUUAAGGUUCACCCAUCUCAUUACAUUACGUAUGACCAUGUUUAUGUACAAAUAUCAUCGACAACUUUUGCCCUCGAGUUUAAAUGAUCUCUUUACUCCUGUCUAUCAAAUACAUUCAUAUAAUACUAGACUUCCAUCAAAUCUUUGUUUUUCUUUGCCGAAAAUAAGAACAAAUUUUGGAUUAUUUAAUAUUAAAUAUCAGGGAGUGAAAGCAUGGAAUCUGCUGAGUGAAGCUGAUAAACAGAUGACAUUUUUACAACUUAAGAGAAAAAUUAAAGCUGCUUUUAUUAAUCAGUAUUAAUUUUUUCUUUAUUGCUAAAAAUGAUUGUCUUUUCUUUACAUUUCUCAUUUUUUUUAUGCUUUAAAAAAUCGUAAUUAUUGUAAGAUCAAUCUUACAAUUAUUGAUUAAUUGUGCUACUUGGCCCCCAGUCUUUUAGCCUUAUGGUUAUUUUGGGGUGUCAGCUCCUUUAUUUUAAUUAAAUAAAUAAGUAACAUUAAUAGUAAAAAAGGAAUAAUGUAAAACAAAAAAUGUAAUUGUGUGAUUAUUACGGAGCAAUAAAUUGUCUUGUCUUGAAUACUCACAUUUUUGAAUAGCAUUAUUAUUCUUAUACUUAUAUAAUUAUGUAUAUAUAUAUAUAUAUAUAUAUAUAUAUAUAUAUAUAUAUAUAUAUAUAUAUAUAUAUAUAUAUAUAUAUAUUUCUUACUGUAUGUAAUAUCUUACUAUAUACUAUAUCUUUGUAAUUUUAUUAUUGUACACGCCUCUUGUGGAAAUAAGCCUAGGUUGACAAUGGUUAGCGUGUUUAAAUAAAAGUUUAAAUAAUAAGUUUAGUCUAAUCCUCAGAUAUGGGAUACUACGUGGAAUCCUUACAUGUGCAAUGUAGGUUUACCCCCCACCCCCUAAAGUCAAACCAUGGAGCACGAAUUUCAGGGAAAAUAGACACUAACAUUGAGAUUGUUAAGGCUCUGAAGCCAGUGGUUGCCACACCAAAGAUAGAAUAUAUGCACUUUGAUGGAAUCCUAUCAAGUUCCCCUCAUUUAUGCACAAUUUUGAGACAUGUCUUGAAAGAAACAAUGACAGUGACGAAUCAAAGUUGCAACUACUGAUUCAGCAUUGCCAUGGUACGGCAAAGGAAGCCAUUGAAACCUGUGUCAAUUUGCCUGCAGAUGAAGGAUAUUGUGUUGCUAAGAAGACCCUGACUGAGAACUUUGGUAAGCCACAUAUAAUUGCUAGGGCCCACAUUAAGCAGUUAGUCAAUCUACCCAGCAUGAAGAAAUGUGAUGGUCCUUCAUUGCUUGAGUUUGCACGGCACCUUGAGUCCACUAAUCGGACACUUAAGGGAAUGGGUCCAGAAUAUGUCAGUGACUUGGAUCAUGUGAACACCUUGAAGGAGUUAAAUAGAAAUCUUCCAAUGUUCAUGAAAGCAAGAUGGACUGAGGAAGCUGGAAAGAUAAAUGAGCGUAAUUCCACACCACGAUUUGAAGAUUUUCUUAAUUUUAUCAAGAAGAAAGCUGCUUUGAUGAACAAUGAAUUUGGAGAUGACCUCACCUCUGGUGAUAGUAAGGACAUGGCUAAGGAGAAAUGGAGAAAUAAUGAGAAAGGUGGGCGCUUUAACAAAGGGAACAUUGCGUUAAUGGAAGGAAUGAAAAGGGAUGGGAAUGGGAAAUUGAAUUCGAGGGUUUCACGAAGAAAUUGCUCCAUGUGUUCUGGCCCGCAUGGCAUAUGGCAAUGUGAAACAUUUCGAUUGCUCUCAUUGACGGAGCGCAAGAAGGUUGUCACAGAGAAGUCACUCUGUUUUAAGUGCCUUGCAGUUGGUCAUUAUGCUCGGAUGUGUCUAAAGAAACACUUUCGAUGCCAAUCCACUGGUUGCGGAAAGGAACACCAUACAUUGUUACAUCCAGUUGAUGUGAUGGAAGUAGAAAAGAAAGAAAAGGACAUACCACAAAAGUCAGCAGGAGCUGGGCAACAACCAUCCCAUGGUGAAAUUAGCGGUGAAGAUAAGGUGAUUGCUGGAACUGGGACCGGUGAAUCUCGCGUAUGUCUGGGAGUGAUAGCAGUAAAGGUUCGAGCAAAGAAUGGAGACAGUUAUGUAGAGACAUAUGCACUACUAGACAGUGGUUCGGAGGUAACACUCUGUCAGGAAGAGCUGACUAAGAAGUUGCAAUUCUAUGGUAAGAAGAUGAACUUUACUCUAUCAGGAAUGACCGGCUCACAGAAAGUAGAAAGUCAACUUGUAGACAUUGCAGUGGAAUCUAUGGAUGGGACAACAGUAGUUGAACUUGAAAAUGUUCGAACAGUCAAGGAUAUCCCUAUAUCAAAGGAUUGUAUCCCAAGAAAGCAAGAUCUAAGGAAAUGGCCUCACCUUCAGAACAUUGACCUUAGCGAAGCUCAGCGCGACAAAGUUAUUCUGAUAAUUGGAUUGAAGGAGAUCCCACAAUUAUUCUUACCGCUCGAGUACAAGGUUGGUGAAACGAGUGAGCCAAUAGCAGUUCGUUACAGUCUCGGUUGGACGAUUAUGGGAUCAGUUGGGAUCGAAAAGGGGAGCUCGAAAUAUUCUGUUAAUCUUCUUCAAACGAGUACAUCGAACGAAACAAGUUUCUUUAAUCAAAUCAGGGAAUAUGAAAACGAUGAAUUAAAGACAGCAUACCCAGUGAACGAAGAACGGUUAGAUGAUGCGAAGUGUUUGAGCUCUUCUCAACAAAGUGAUAUUUAUAACUCUCAGUCGGUCGUGAACACACCAGUGCGAGACAGAGUAGAAGAAGGCGAGUUUGAAGAGAAUACCCUUAGACAGCAAAUUGAAGGUUUUUGGAAGACUGAUUUUGGGGACAAUGUAGUCGAUACCAGACCUGGUCCAUCGGUAGAAGAUAAAAGAGCGUUAGAGAUGAUGGAAGAUUCGAUCCAGAAAGUUAAUGGUCAUUAUCAAGUUUCAUUACCGUGGAAAUCAUAUCCACCUGAUCUACCAAAUAAUCGAGCCCUCGCCGUACGAAGGUGCGAACUGCUGAGGCGACGACUGUUAAAAGAUGGAGAUCUGUUGUUGAAAUACAAAUUCACCAUGUCUGAAUACAUCAAGAAAGGACAUGCUGAAAGAGUUCCAGAUGAAGAGCUAAACCGGACUGAUAAACCUGUAUGGUAUCUCCCACACCAUUCUGUGGUGCAUCACUUAAAGCCACAUAAAGUGAGAGUUGUUUAUGACUGUGCAGCCAAGUAUAAACAGACAUCUCUAAACCAACAGCUAUUGCAAGGCCCAGACGAAGCGAAUCGUCUGGUUGGGGUAUUAAGUCGUUUUCGGAAAGAAUCCGUCGGAAUUGUAGCAGACAUCGAAUCGAUGUUUCAUCAAGUAAUCGUUGAUCCAAGAGACCGUGAUGUUCUAAGGUUCUUGUGGUGGCCGGACGGUGAUCUAACCAAACAACUGGUUGAAUAUCGGAUGACGAAACACGUUUUUGGAGCGAAAUCUUCCCCCAGUAUUGCCGAUUUCUGCCUGAAGAAAACAGCAGAUCUGGAGAAAGAUGGUAUAGAACCUGAAGCGGUAGAGACAGUUAAGAAGAACAUGUACGUAGACGAUCUAAUGAAGUCAACGAGUACAACCCAGAAAGCUGUUAACUUAGUAGAUCAACUCCGUGAAUUAUUAGCCAGAGGUGGAUUUCGCUUAACAAAAUGAUGCAGUAACGACCGAGAAGUCUUAGCAGCUAUCCCAGAGAGUGAACGAGCUAAAUCAGUCGCUAAUUUGGAGAUAGAACAUUUGCCUACAGAAAGAACCCUCGGGGUUAAGUGGAAUGUGGAAGAAGAUAAAUUCGUUUGGGAGAUUUCACAAGAAAGAUUCACAGUGGUUAGCAAUAAGCCGAAGACUCGUCGAGGAAUAUUGUCCGUAAUCUACUCAAUGUUUGACCCCCUUGGAUUUAUAGCUCCAUUCACAAUGAAGGCUAAACUGCUGCUCCAGAUGCUAAGUCGGAUGAAAAUUGGAUGGGACGAUCAAAUUGGAGAAACAGAAAGAACGCAGUGGAUACGAUGGCUCGAAGAUUUACCUAAACUCGCAGAGCUACAAGUCGACCGUUGUUUUAAACCUGACACGCUCGGUGACAUAAAAUCCGUAGAACUGCAUCUGUUUUCUGACGCAUCGCGUGUAGGAUACUCAGCCGUAGCAUAUCUUCGCCUGGUAGACGUCAAUGGCUGUAUUCAUUGUGCGUUCGUUAUGGGAAAGGCACGAUUGGCGCCAAUCCGGAAAAUCUCUAUACCAAGAUUAGAACUCAACGCUGCUGUUGUCUCGGUGAAACUUACAGUUCUGAUACAAGAGGAAUUAGACAUGGAAAUUCAACGAGUUUAUUAUUGGACUGACUCUACUUCAGUGCUAAAGUGUAUUGUUAACGAAUCCAAGAGAUUUCACACAUUCGAAUCCAAUCGGUUAACUAUCAUACACAGUGAAUCAUCACCAAAUGAAUGGAGGUAUGUUAACACGGAUGCAAAUCCAGCUGAUGGCGGUUCUAAAGGCAUGAAGUUGGAAAAUUUAAUGAAGAAUAAUCGGUGGAUAACGGGUCCACAGUUCCUAUGACAAGAAGCAAGUUCCUGGCCGGCUAUGAUUGAAGUCCCAAAGUUAAAGGACGAUGAUCCCGAAGUAAGGAAGAAGAUCCAAGUCUACACCCCUGCUAGUGAUGAAAACCCGUUGGAUAAAUUGAUACAGUAUCACUCGUCUUGGUGGAAGUUGAAAAGAUCAGUCGCGUGGUUAUUGCGAUAUAGACGGUGGCUGUUUGAAAAGUCAAAGGAAACGAACAAGCAUCUUACUGUGGGCGAGAUCCAGAACGCCGAAAGAGAAAUUUUACGUCUUGUCCAAAGGGUUUCCUUUCCUGAAAUCUUGAGAAUUUUGAAUGACAAGAAUCUUGCUGCGAACGGAGCAGUAAUGAAGAAAUCCAUUCGAAAGGGUGGACAUUCGAUUUAUCGUUUAAAUCCACACUUAAAGAUGGUGUAAUGAUCGUUGGUGGUCGUUUGAGGAAUGCUCCUGUUGACGAAAAUGUGAAACACCUUGUAUUCUUACCGAAUAAGAAUCACGUCAUGGACAUUAUAGUACAAAGCUACCAUAUGCAUGAAGAUAUUGGCCACAUGGGGCAAGAGACGGUGCUCGUGAAUUUGAGGAGGAAAUUCUGGAUUGUCAAGGGAAGAUCAGCCGUAAGACGUAUGUUGAGAAAGUGUCUUGAGUGUAUGAGAAAGAAUGUUCCUCCUGGAGAGCAGUUCAUGGGAAAUCUUCCUCGAGACAGAAUAUAUCGCCAAAUAAGCCACCAUUUACAAACGUUGGCAUCGAUUAUUUUGGCCCGUUCGAGGUAAAACAAGGUCGUUCUCGCGUGAAAAGAUAUGGUUGUGUAUUUACCUGUCUAGCUGUUCGUGCCAUACACGUUGAAAUCGCACAUUCCUUAUACACGGACUCGAUGAUUAACGCUUUGAGGCGAUUCAUUUGCAUUCGAGGAUGCCCCGAAAGAAUUCACGCCUGGCAUUUUUGCACGCGAAAAUUGCACAUUAAAAUGUGUCAAUUUUUUUCGUUGCCGCGCGACAAUUUUGGGAGCUUGGUAGCGAAUUUCAUAAUUGCAAAAUUCCUCAAAUUCCGUGAGCGCGUGCUUGUGCGCGUUUUCCUUGAGGGUUAUUUAAGAGUCAAUGUCAGUAAAAAUCGAACAUAUGAGAUAUUUCGCGGCCACGUCUGAAAAAUCGAUUUUGCUCAAAUUUUGCCCAGAUAUACCUUAUUAUAUCGGAAAAUGCACCAUAUAAUUUUUAAGGUCAAAUGCUUUUUUAACUUUGAGAAAAUGCCGUUUUAACACGACCACCAUAAAUCGCCAUUUUGUUUGGGAAAAUAUGCACUGAUUUUACCGACAAAUUUCACGACGACAACCGUUUCUAAUCGAUAUAAAACCCUAAAAAUCUUGUUUUCGGUUAUUCAAAGGACCGGGUACGUGACUUAGAGGAAAUCUAAGUUACUUUUAGGAAUAGAAAUAAUCAUAGUUUUGGAGCACACUAUCUUACUUCAUUUACGAUACCCUCUUAACAAAACCGAUUUUCACCAUGGGAUAAAGCACCAAAUCGAUCAUGCUUCUACUUGUUCGCUCUUUAAUAAACAAGCUUUCAAUUGACGCAAAUAUAUCUUUGGGCAAAUGAAUACGCGAUAAACGACAGCGCGUUGAAAUCAUCCGUUUUUGAAGUCUUGCAAGUCAAACGCUGUCAAUUUACAUACCGUCGAAGUAAACAAUUUAAUCAAGUAUUCUAAGUAUUUUACCUUUUGAGAAGAUCUAUUACAAACAUACAUACUUUACUUUAUUGUGUUCCCUAAAUAGGGAUUUUCAACACUGAUUUACAAAAAAUAAAUGUUGUUCUAUUUACAAGUUUUAGAAUUUAUAAUUUAAAUUAAGGUAAAAAGGUAAGACAUUUGUAUAAAGUUUAACAAGGUAAAAUUAUCUACUUAUAUAUUUGUUCUAGCAUGCUUCGCUUCAGUUCGUUUUUGAAAGUUUUUAGGGAGUCUAACUUUUUGAACUUUAUGUCCAAAUCAUUCCAGAGUGUAACGCCUCUAUAAUGAAAGGACCUUUGACCUGCAGAAGUUUUGUACAAUGGUAUUUGCAGUGAGUCAUGGCUACGUGUAUCUCGUUGAUGAAUGUCAGAACGUUUUGUGAAUAAAUCGCUCAAAUAAUGUGGAGCAAGUUCAUUGACACAUUUGUACAUCAUAAUAGCCUCUCUUAGUAGUAAUUGUUCCUUUACUGGGAGCCAGUUAAGUUCACGUAAGCCCGGCGAAAUAUGGUCGAACUUUCCAAUAUUUGUUAUUAUCCUGCAUGCAAAAUUUUGUACCAACUGUAGUUUCUUAAUGUUGGUAGACGAAGUGUUUGACCAAACCGUUGAACAAUAGAACAUUUUGUUCAUUACAAGUGCCGAGACGAUGAGAGUUAAAGCUUCUUUAUCGAAACAUUUUUUGACUCGGUUUAUUUGGCACAGGGAAUUCAUACAUGAGGAAACCAGGUUGGUGAUGUGCUGGUCAUAUGUCAAAUAAGAGUCGAUUGUCAUUCCUAGAUCUUUGGCAAAGGAGACGGGGGUAAUAGUCUCGUUGAGGAAGUUUAUGGUCAUAUCUACGGGAAGUUGUUGUAGGUUUUGCCGUGUGCCAAACAGCAUGUAUUUGGUCUUUCCCGGGUUAAUAAGCAAUUCAUUUUCGGAACAACUGUUUGCAAUCAAAUACAAGUCUUCCUCAAGUUGUUGCUUUAAACAGUCCACGUUAGACACAGUGAAAGAUAGUAAUAUCUUGGAGUCGUCCACGUACGAUUCAAGUUUACUAUGGUGGACUGAUGAGGGCAAAUCGUUAGUAUAAAUACUAAAAAGUAAAGGUGAUAAAAUUGCACCCUGUGGUACACCAUAAGAAACAGGGAGAGGAGUAGACACAGUUGAUCCAAUUCUGACUGAUUGAGUUCUUCCGGUCAAGUAACUCUCAAACCAUUUUACAACGCUUGGAGAAGUCCCGACGUUGCUAAGUUUUGUAAGGAGAAAAGUAUGAUUUACACUGUCGAAAGCUUUAGAUAGAUCUAUUAGAAUCAGUGCAGUAACCAAUUUCCCAUCCAUGGCCUUUAGGAUAGUAUCUCCGGUCAAAAGAUUCAAUGUUUCGCAUGAGUGAUGUUUCUUGUUCCCGCUCUGGUGGGUUGACAAUUUUUUGUUCUUCAUUAGAUACGAACCAAAUUGAUUCAAGGCGACUUUUUCACAAAUUUUCGAAAGAAAGGUAAGGAGAGAAAGUGGGCGGUUAUUUGAUGCUUCCUCGUGGUUUCCAUCCUUUAACAAAGGGAUAACUUCUGCCUCUUUCCAUGCUAUAGGUAACGAAGAUGACGACAGUGAGCAAUUAAUGAUAUCG